AUGGAGAUUACGGGCACCACCACGAUGCUAAAACCGGUGUACUCCGCGCCGCACCCGCUCGCCGGCGAGAAGGUCCCGCUCACCGUCUUCGACCGCGCCGCCCUGGACAUCUUCAUCCCCAUCGUGUUCGCCUACUCCGCGCCGGCGCCAUCCAACGAGGCGCUUAAGGAGGGGCUUCGCAGGGCCGUCGCGCCGUAUCCUCAUCUGGCCGGGCGACUCCUCGUCGACGGCCAAGGCCGGCGCUUGCUGCACCUCAACAACGAGGGCGUGCUUGUCAUCGAGGCCACCGUCCCGUACAACCUGGCGGAAGUGCUCGUCGACGGCGCCAUGGCCGCAAACGUCUGCGAUCUGUACCCUGCAACCCCAGAGGAGAACUUUGGGGUGCCACUGCUGCAGAUCAAGCUGAACAGGUAUAAGUGCGGCGGCCUCGUGAUCGGUCUAUCAUACCACCACCAGACGGCCGACGGUGUCUCCAUGAGCAACUUCAUCACCACGUGGGAGAACGCGGUGCGCGAGGGCAAGAACUUCAUCGCACCGACCCCCUUCAUCGACCGAGCCACAACUGUCGUGCCUCGCCGCACGCCGGCGUCGGUGUUCGACCACCGUUCCAUCGAGUUCAAGAACGGAGAAAGCGGCGGCUGCACUAGCGAAGGCCGCGACCUCAUCCCGACGGCCAGGAUCAAGGACCUUAGGGUGCAUUUCACGGCCGAGUUCGUCGCCGAGCUCAAAGCCCGCGUCGGCGGCCGCUGCAGCACGUUCCAGUGUCUGCUCGCUCAUGUGUGGAAGAAGAUCACGGCGGUACGGGCCCUCCAGCCGCACGAGUUCACACAAGUGAGGGUGGCCGUGGACUGCCGAGGCAGAGCCAACCCUCCCGUGCCCAUGGACUUCUUCGGGAACAUGGUGCUCUGGGCGUUCCCCAGGCUCCGGGCCGGGGACGUCUUGAGCUGGAGCUACCAGAGCGUGGUCGGCGCCAUCCGCGACGCCGUGGCGCGCAUCGAUGAGGAGUACAUCCAGUCCUUCGUGGACUUUGGCACAUUGGCGGACGCCAGUGGAGAGGAGCUCGUGGCGACAGCGGCUGCCGGCAUUGCGUUAUGCCCGGACGCAGAGGUGGACAGCUGGAUGGGACUCAGGUGCCACCUGCUAAACUUUGGCACCGGGCCGCCUUCCGUGGUCCAGCCGCCGGACUUGCCAAUCGAGGGGCUCAUGCUCUUCGUGCCGUCGCCCACGGCGAAAGGCGACGUCGACCUCUUCAUGGGUGUCGCGGAGGAUCAAAUGGAGGCGUUCAAGAAGAUUUGCUAUUCCUUUGAUGAUCUUCUCGCGGCUAGGAUGUAG